UUCGAUGCCGCACGCGAAACACAUACAACACCGGCCUUAAUUAUACACAGUCCGCAUCGGGGCGAAUGAAUCAGACGCGCUGCUGGCGUUUCUAUGAAUUUUAAUGAAUCUGAAAUGCGAAAAAAGACCGCCGAUAGUACCGUUCGACAAUCCGCGGCGAAAUUCACGCGUGUCUCUGUAGCUCUCGUCAGUCUGUCGCGAAGCCAACCUAAAAAUCAAGGGUAAACAAGUUUGAAAAUUGCCCAGACUCCGUAAGCAUCCGACCUUGCCGGAAAAAUUUGACGCCGAGUAUAAAAGAGAAAUGCCUCGUGGCAUCGAGAAUGGAGCUCCAUCCCGCGAAUAAGUUGCCUUGGGUGCUGCGACCCCGUCGCAAUAAACGCGUUAUGAGAUCUGUUGUCCAGACUUCGAGUAAAGAGGUCCAAACGAUAGAACGGAACGCGGAUAGCUCGGAGAUGAGCUUCCUCGGUCUACCGCUGGACGUCCAGCUGGAGAUCCUGAAAUACCUGGGCCCUCGCGACCUGCUAGUUCUCCGGAAGCUCUCCAAAGGAUUCGAGAAACUGCUGCGGAACCGGACGAUCUGGAAGGCUUACGAGAUCUGGAUGAACGACCUGAGCACGGCUGAGGUGAUGGAGGACCUGAAGCGGAUGCCGUUGCUGCGCUCGAUCAGCAUCCGGAACCGAGUCUCCUGCGACCUGAUUCUCCGGCAGAUCUCGGUGUCUAACAAGCGCGUGGAGCAUCUCGUCGUGAUCGACUGUACGGGCGACGGCAGGGUAAACCUGGCCUCGGGGUACCUCACGCGCAUACUCGAGCGCUGCCUCAAGCUCCGGAGCUUUCGAUUAAAAGGCGUCUACUUCUGCGGCGUCAAGUUUUACCGACUCCUCGGCGCGGCCGUACCUCAGCUGCGCGAGUUUCACGUCGACAACAUCCGCUACAAUCAGCUCGCCGCCUUCGUCCGACAGAUCGAGAGCAGGACUGUCGUCGAGUCGGCUGAUUGUCCUUACUCUCUCAAAUUCGAGACGUAUCUCGAGUGCGCGAGGCAGACGUUCCGCGAUGGCACGCUCAGCCUGUGCACCAGCUUCGACUUCGUCGUCGAGAAGCAGGACACGCUCCUGUCGCUGUAUCAGGGCUGUGUACUGUGUGCAACGUUACCGUCUUUGUAAAUACACACUCGUUGGACUGAGCUA